AGCCAUGGGCGACGAAAUAAACCCGCAGCAGGAAGGGCACCCACUCUUUGGAGGAGCAUUUUCUGCCUGCCUUCCUCCAGGCAGCAUUGAUGUCAGUGAGAUGCGCCAGGUACCUGAUAACCAAGAAGUCUUUGUUCAUCCAAGUACAGACCAAAGCAUCAUUAUAGAACUACUAGAAUAUCAGGCAAGUGUGCCAGAUGAAAACGCUGCCAGGUACCACUUUGAGGACUUGGCAGAUUCUUCCUCCACCACUGAGAUCUUGAACCAAGAACAGUUUCUGCCUCAACUCUUAGCUCUAGAAGGCUGCAGCAGCGCCUGGCAGCUCACCGCCCGCCAGCUGGUCGCAAAAUUUAAUGAAGAGGCCAAAAAUGAAGUCACCCUGCACCUGGCAUUGCUGCGCCUCCCUCAGUAUGGAACGGACCUGCUUCUCACCUUCAACGAUCCCACACGGAUUCAUCCCCUCAGCAGCAGCGCAGCCCAAGGAACUGAGGUCCCUCCUCCUUUUUCUCAAGCGCCGUGGACGGUGGAGCAUUUCCACACCUUUGUACGCAGCCUGCGGCUUCACGACCCUGGCAUCUUUGGCUAGGACACCUCUGUGCCGCCCUGAACUCUGGGCAAGCAAACAUCAGCCCAUCUCUACUGCAAGCACAACCCCUUUGUUGGGUUAAGACUCUCUUAAGGUAUCCUCAGCCAGGCAUAAUAUCUGAUGCUUACGUUUGCUGCUGCUUUCCUCUCUCUGUCUUACUUUCCUACCCAGAGAGAAGUGGACUCAGAAUACCAAAGGGUUUUUGCAUUGUUAUAUGAUGAUUUCAAGGCAACCCCAUUUGACAAAAGUGUUUUUAAGUCUCCUCCCUGCUAUUGGAUGACAAUGAAUGGUUUGUCUAAAGGGAAUGUGAAUUGCAUUUGAUUCUCCCAGCAAUUGCACUCGGCCCUCCACAAUUUGUGACUUUGACAUUUGCAAAUUUGAUUAAAAUAUAAUCUCUAGGAAUUUCUAGACAAGGCAUGGGCAAAUUUCAGGCGUUUUGGACUUCAACUCCCACAAUUCCUUUUUAUACCUCGCUCCCAUCUUCUGUCCUUUCCCCCAGACAUAUACUUUCUACAAUAAACUACAAAAAUUACAUUUGAAAUAUCAUUCUUAAGGAUACCAGGAGUGUAUUAUGUGUAAAAGGAAAGGGUGGUUGAUAAAUUAAUAGCAUGUGCUCAGAUUGUUUUGGUGAGGGGUUGGAAAGAUAAAACCAAGUGGACUCUGACAAAUUGGUAUAAUUAUAUAGUUUAUGUGUUAAAUGUGGAAGUAAAUUGAAUAAUAUAGAUAUAAUAGAAAAUGGUAUAAUAAUUAAGAGCAUAUGGGACCCAGUUAGGAAUUAUUUAGAGAAUGUAUUAAGAUGUGAAGUGGAAAAAUUGAGAUUAAGACUGAUAACUACUGGCUGCUUAGGAAUUUGCCCAUGCCUGCUCUAGAUCCUCCAGCGCAACUCCACACUUCAUUCAUUGAUUCACAUUGGAAGACCUAGAUAUUCUAGAGAAAACAUCUCUCUAGAGCAGGCACGGGCAAACUUGGGCCUUCCCAGUGUUUUGGACUUCAACUCCCACAAUUCCUAAUAGCCUC